AUGAAGUCUGCUGCGGUCCUGUCGGCGGUGCUGCUGGUCGCUGGCGUCUCCGCUGAUAGCAAGUCCACCACGUUCCCCGGACGCUGCGUGACCACCAAGGACUGCGCCACGUACGGCUCCAACUACGCGUGCGUGUCUGUGGACACGAACGUCGCCGGCCUCGAGCAGCUGAGCAUGUGCAUCCCUGGCAACCAAGUGUGCAGCGGCAGCAUCGCUGGACUCUGCCCGACGUUCACGUCCUGGCCGUCCAAGUAUCGCGUCAUCCAGCCCGUGUGCGCCUUCGUGGAGGUCGAGAACUGCGACGAGCAGUACAACGUGACGGUGCUGAGCUCCGCGGGCAGCAACGGCACGUGCUACCAGCGCAACUUCACCGUCAACGACGAGUAUGUCGUCGUGAACGGCAUCUACCAGUGCCUGGACAAGGCCAAGUACGUAUCUACCAACGGAGGACACAUCCAGAACAUCACCGACACGGUGGUGGAGCAGUGCGGCUGGAAUACAACGACGCAGACGCUCUGCAGCGGCCAGGGAACGUGCUCGCCUCUCGUGGACUUUGCCCAGGACUACGAGUGCAAGUGCAACGCCGGCUACAACUCGUCCGACUACUGCUACGCCGUGGCUUCCAACGAAUGCAGCAGCGUCUCGCAGUGCGGGACGCAGGGGACGUGCGAGUUUGAUGAGGGCACCACCAGUGGCGAGUGCUCGUGCAGCGAGGGUGCCACGGGCGACCAAUGCCUGCUGUGUGACGCCAAUGCCACCACGGUUUGCAAUGGCCAGGGCACAUGUGGCACGGACGGCGUGUGCACUUGCAACAAGGGCUACAACGGAACUUUUUGCGGAGACUCGACGGGCGAGAAGACCUCUUCCUCCAAGACCUCGGCCGCGGCAACUUUGAAGAUGGGGAUCAGCGCGAUUGUUGCCGCGUUGCUUCUGGCCGUCUUCGCGUAGACUACAUAAGUCUCAAUGCAUUGAAUGAACUGUUUUACCCGAUC